AUGCUCCGACAUCGAUCAGGUGAUGGGCAACCAGAUUUGCGAGGGUCCCUGGCAGAAGCCCAGGGCAAGGCCGUUCUUUACCCUCUGAACAUCUCAGUAACUGAGAAACCUGAUGUGAGCCCAUCGGGAAAUGAACCAGUGGUGGCCGUGGAUGAAGUAGUUCCGCAGAAAGCUGAACGUCUCAUAUUAAACAGGUUCUGUUUUCUACUCUGCAGCUCCUUAAAAUUCAACCUCAUCUUAGUUCUGUCGCUGUCAACGGUGCACAUGUUUUUGUGUUAUCCGGUUCUUUCUUCCAAGAUGCCUGGGAAGCCUGAUUACUUUCUCAUCUUACUGGGUAGCUGCCCAGCCAGGCUGGAUGGGAGCGAAGGACUAGCUUUCCUAAAGCCAAUUUUGGAGCAGACGUCAGUGAAAAGGUCCUUUCGCAAUGGAGUCGGCUCAGGGGUGAAAAAAACUUCAUUUCGAAGAGCAAAGCAAUGAAUAAGUGUGCAAAGGACUCUGGGAAUUAAUCUCAAGCUAUGUAGAGUGUGACCGAUGUGCUAAAAAGCGGUUGUAUCUUGUACCACAAGGUGUUGCUUCCCUCCUCACCCCUCUCCUAAGUGGCUCAAAGUAAAUUAAGUUUUGGAGGAUAAAUAGAAACCUGUCUCAAACUUCCACCUGUGAGUAAAAAACGAUUUCUGUGCUUAGCUAGAAACAUCCCCGAGUGUGGAGGGACUCAACUGGCUUUGAUCUUGAAUUGGCCACAACGUGUGGGCGUCUUUACUGUCAUAUUAGUGUGAUUCUUCUCCCACUGUCUUACAGUGCUGUGACACCAAGUGCAGUGGCAGGUAUAUGAUAUUUCUCCUUUAAAAUAUGAUUUUCUCAAAUGACUCAGCCGGGCCAAUUCUUCGGGUUGUGCUGUUUUCUGUUUGGAAGAGUCUCAUGACGAUUCAGCAAGAGGAGGA